CUUAGUUUCCACCGAGCAUCAUCAUGUAUUUGACAAGGAGUAUUGUCUGCCUGGCACUCGUGGCCUUGGCCAGUGCCCAGUUCGAUACCAACUACGCUUCCGGGAGGAGUGGCAUGGUCCACCUCUUCGAGUGGAAGUGGGACGACAUUGCCGCCGAGUGCGAGAACUUCCUGGGACCCUAUGGCUACGCCGGAGUUCAGGUUUCGCCCGUCAACGAGAACGCCGUGAAGGACAGCCGCCCCUGGUGGGAGCGCUACCAGCCCAUCUCCUACAAGCUGACCACCCGAUCCGGCAACGAGGAGCAGUUCGCCAGCAUGGUGAAGCGCUGCAACGCCGUCGGCGUGCGCAUCUACGUGGACGUGGUCUUCAACCACAUGGCCGCCGACGGAGGCACCUACGGCACAGCGGGCAGCACCGCCAGUCCGAGCAGCAAGAGCUACCCGGGAGUGCCCUACUCCUCGCUGGACUUCAACCCCACGUGCGCCAUCAGCAACUACAACGACGCCAACCAGGUGCGCAACUGCGAGCUGGUGGGUCUGCGCGAUCUCAACCAGGGCAACUCGUACGUUCAGGAGAAGAUCGUCGAGUUCCUCAACCACCUGAUCGACCUCGGAGUGGCCGGGUUCCGCGUGGACGCCGCCAAGCACAUGUGGCCCGCCGACCUGGGCACCAUCUACGGCAGCCUGAAGAACCUGAACACCGACCACGGAUUCGCCUCGGGAUCGAGGGCCUACAUCGCCCAGGAGGUGAUCGACAUGGGCGGCGAGGCCAUCAGCAAGUCGGAGUACACCGGACUGGGCGCCAUCACCGAGUUCCGCCACUCGGACUCCAUCGGCAAGCUGUUCCGCGGCAAGGACCAGCUGCAGUACAUGACCAACUGGGGCACCGGCUGGGGCUUCGCCGCCUCCGAUCGUUCCCUGGUGUUUGUGGAUAACCACGACAACCAGCGUGGCCAUGGAGCCGGCGGCGCCGACGUGCUCACCUACAAGGUGCCCAAGCAGUACAAGAUGGCCUCGGCCUUCAUGCUGGCCCAUCCCUUCGGCACACCGCGCGUGAUGUCCUCGUUCUCGUUCACGGACACCGACCAGGGACCGCCCACCACCGACGGCCACAACAUCGCCUCGCCCACCUUCAACAGCGACAUGUCCUGCGGCGGCGGAUGGGUGUGCGAGCACCGCUGGCGCCAGAUCUACAACAUGGUGGCCUUCCGGAACGCCGUCGGCUCGGACGCCAUCCAGAACUGGUGGGACAACGGCAGCAACCAGAUCGCCUUCAGCCGCGGCAGCCGGGGAUUCGUGGCCUUCAACAACGACAACUACGAUUUGAAUAGCUCCCUGCAGACCGGCCUGCCCGCCGGAACCUACUGCGACGUGAUCUCCGGAGACAAGAGCGGAUCCUCCUGCACCGGCAAGACCGUGACCGUCGGAUCCGACGGACGCGCCAGUAUCUACCUCGGAAACUCCGAGGACGAUGGAGUGCUGGCCAUCCACGUCAACGCCAAGUUGUAAGCAACUGGGACAGGGACAAAGGCUACGGCACUUCAAGCCCAAUCAAUUGAGAUUACUUUCUUAAAUAAUAUACUUGAUGAGAUUAUUAA